CAGCCUGGGGACGGGACGGUCUCAGGCACUUCCGCUCAGGUGGCCCGGUUGUUGCGGGUUCCGUUGCGGGCUUUCCUGUGGUUAUGACAUGACCAGGCACACGUUUGCCUUGCCAGGACUUCGUAUUCUGGGAAUCUGUACCUCUCCAGAAGUAGGAAGAAAAAAAUGACCACAUUCAAGGAGAUGGUGACGUUCAAGGAUGUGGCAGUGGUCUUCACCGAGGAGGAGCUGGGGCUGCUGGACCCCUCCCAGAGGAAGCUGUACCGAGACGUGAUGCUGGAGAACUUCGGGAACCUGGUCUCUGUGGGGCAUCAACCAUUCAAACGAGAUGGAGUCCACUUGGUAAGAGAAGAAAAGUUUGGGAUGAUGAAGUUAGCAACCCAAAGAAAAGGCAUUUCAGGAGACAAAGUCCAACAUGAGGUGGAGACUAUUGCUAAAGCAGAACCACACGAAGAACUUUCCUCCUGGCAAAUCUGGCAACAGAUUGCUAAAGACUUAGCCCGGUAUCAAGACUCCAUGAUAAAGAGUUCUCAAUUCUACAAACAACAUGAUUUACCUGGCCAGGUUGGGGCAGGAUUGCCUGUGACUCACUCAGGCCAGAAAACUUACCAGGGAAAUGGGUGUAAAAAAUUCUUCAGUGAUAUCUCCAACUGUGAUCUUCAACAGUUAAACUCAAGAGCGAAGUCUCAUACAUGUCGUGAGUGUGGGAAAUGCUUCUUUUAUAGCUCAGCACUUCGUAUUCAUCAGAGAGUUCACCUGGGAGAGAGGCAGUAUCGGUGUGAUGAAUGUGGUAAGGAAUUCAGUCAGAGCUCACAUCUGCAAACUCAUCAGAAAGUCCACACCAUAGGGAAGCCAUUCAAAUGUGAAGAAUGUGGGAAAGGCUUCAGUCGUAAAUCAGAACUUAGUAAUCAUUGCAGGUUACACUCGGGAGAGAAACUUUAUAAGUGUAAGGGAUGCGGGAAGGCCUUCAUUAAUGCUUGUCAUCUUCAGGACCAUCAGAGAAUCCACACUGGGGAGAAGCCAUUUAAGUGUGAUAUCUGUGGUAAGAGCUUUCGUCGUAGAUCGGCACUUAAUAGUCAUUGUGUAGUCCACACAGGAGAAAAACCAUACAGAUGUGAGGAUUGUGGAAAGUCCUAUACUUGGCGUUCACGUCUUCGUAUCCAUAAGAAAGUCCACAUGGGACAGAAGCCACACAAAUGUGAGGAAUGUGGAAAGAGCUUCUUUUCUAGGACACAUCUUUAUUACCACCGGAGGUUCCACACAGAGGAGAAACCCUAUCAUUGUAAAGAAUGUGGGAAGAGCUUCAGAUGGGUUUCCCCUCUUUUGACACAUCAGCGAGUCCACAGUGGAGAAAAACCAUUCAAAUGUGAAGAGUGUGGGAAGGGAUUUGGUCAGAAAUCAUGCCUGCAAGCUCAUCAGAAAGUCCACACCAGAGAAAAACCAUACAAAUGUGAGGAGUGUGGGAAGGGCUACAAGACAAGCUUGGAUCUUGAUGUGCACCAGAGUGUGCAUAUGGGAGAGAACCCAUACACCUGUAGGGCAUGUGGUAAGCACUUCACUAGGACCUCAAAUCUUAAAGUUCAUCAGAGAGUCCAUACUGGAGAGAAACCAUACAAAUGUAAUGUGUGUGGUAAGGUCUUCAGUCAAUCUGGACAUCUAAAAUCUCAUCAGAGAGUUCACACAGGGGAGAAACCUUACAAGUGUAAGAUAUGUGGUAAGCAGUUCAGUUCAAGUUCAUAUGUUAAAAUUCAUCACAGAAUCCAUGCUGGUGAUAAAUUUCAUCCAGUCUCAUAGGAGAACAGUAAAGUGAAUGUUUCAUCCAUAGCUGAAUAUAUCUCGGUGAUCUCAAGAUCACACAAAGGGUGCAAUGAGGGCUUUAGUUAAGGCCUUAGCAGUUGAAAUUAUCACUCAAGAAACAGGCUGUUGAAAUAAUCUUUCCUUAAGCACUUAAUCAAACUCUAAUGGAUAUUAAAAUUGAUGUCUCCUGGAAUAUAAUCUUCAUGAGGGCAAGAAGUUUAUUUGCUGCUGAAUUUAUAUAAUAAACAUUGAGUAGCACUCUG